AAGGCAUUGUGUUUGAAUAUUUCUGUGUUUGAGUGAAAAUGGGGAGAUUCCAUAAAUAUGUUGGGGUGCUUGCUUUGGUGUUGGCAUUUGUUAUAGGAAUAGCAGAAUGCCGCUCAAGAUUAACAAAUGAAAAGUCAGUGGAGAACUUUGGAGAAGGUGAUGGUUUGGGUGGUGGGUUCGGAGGUGGUGCUGGUGGUGGUGGCGGAGCAGGAGGAGGAAUCGGUGGAGGUGAUGGCGGUGGCUUUGGAGGAGGUAAAGGAGGUGGCAUAGGAGGAGGUAUAGGACAUGGUGGUGGAGUAGGAGGAGGCGUUGGAGGUGGACAUGGUGGUGGUAUUGGUGGAGGUGGUGGUGCAGGCGGAGGGAUAGGAGGUGGUCAUGGUGGUGGAAUUGGCGGAGGCGGUGGAGCUGGAGGUGGUGCAGGUGGAGGCAUUGGAGGUGGACAUGGUGGUGGUGCAGGCGGAGGGAUAGGAGGUGGUCAUGGUGGUGGAAUUGGCGGAGGUGGUGGAGCUGGAGGUGGCGCAGGUGGAGGCUUUGGAGGUGGUAAAGGUGGUGGGAUAGGAGGUGGUCAUGGCGGCGGUGUGGGAGGUGGAGCAGGUGGUGGUGCAGGCGGAGGAAUCGGAGGUGGUCAUGGUGGUGGUGUGGGAGGAGGAGUUGGUGGAGGUGGUGGAGCAGGUGGUGGUGUGGGAGGUGGACAUGGUGGCGGUGUAGGAGGAGGAGUUGGUGGUGGCGGCGGUGCAGGAGGUGGCCUUGGAGGAGGAGCUGGUGCAGGUGGUGGUGCAGGUGGAGGCUUUGGAGGAGGCAAAGGUGGAGGAGGAGGACUUGGUGGCGGCGGCGGUGCAGGAGGUGGAGCUGGCGGAGGCUUCGGAGGUGGUGCCGGUGGUGGCGGAGGAGUCGGUGGUGGCUUCUAG